GAACCUAAAUCGAGAAUAGUAUAAAUACUCCGUCGGACUCUGAAAGAGACACAAGUUUCAGUAUUCCCUCACCGACGACAAAAUAUCGAGACUCAAAACUGACAUACAGUACCUAAACAACUAUGGAUACAGUAUUAAAAUCAGUGGUUAUGUGUCUAUUACUUGCCUGUGUGUAUGGUGCGCCUGCAGACACUAAGGGUAAACCGGUGGUCAAGGUUGAGAAAACUUUCGAUGUUGAAGGGCGCACUUUGACUGAAACUAUGGAACAAACUGAUGACGGGAUUAUAAUAGAUGUAGAGGCUCAACAAGGGUCCAGCGCUUUGACAGUGUUCACUGACCUCACUCAUGGACUACUCAUCCAUCGACACAAAAGCGAUGACUCUUGUUAUAUAUCCAGCCUUGCAGAUUACAACGAUACAGCAUUGGCACAAGAAAACCCCAAAAGUGUUUUCAAGUACAGACUGGAACCAAUUUCAGAGAUCAAUCGUCAGUACUUCAGGUACACUGCUACCGACUCGAUGAAACGCAUUUGCAGUGGCGCUGGAAACAUAUUAUGGAGUGUAAUCCACGCAGAUGCUGAAAACGAAACGCGACAGAAACGCCACGAGUGCACUUACAAAUGCUCGACUUGGUGUUUUAUCAUCUGCAAUACUAAAUGCGAAUUAACAUGUUGAGAUUAAAAUAGUUUGAUUUAAUCAUUUGAUAUAAUGUAAUGUGCUUUAGCUUGAUAUCUUUGGCCGCAGCUCGAUUUUAUAAGAAAAAUAUAAAUAAUUUAUAUAAAUAAAGUGAAUUAAUAACCUUGUUAGAUAUUUCCCUUGUUGAUCGUGCUGAUCAUAUUAUUCACAUUUUAAAAAUAAAAUUCCUAUCAAUAUUAAAUAUUUAUUUUUGUUAGCAUAGACGUUUUCCUCAAUGUACUACUACUAAGCCUAUUAUAAAAGAAAGAUGUGAGAAAUGAAAUAAGAAAACAUAUGUUAAAAUUUUGAUUACAUUCAAAAUUGCAAGUUUUGUUUUAGGCUCUGGUGUAAAAAAAAUGUACAAAAUCAGCAAUUAAGCAUUUUACUAUAAAAACGUCCAUGAUUUCUUUUUCUUAAUAAACGCUUGUAAAAUGGCAGUCCAAUCAG